UCACUCCUUCAGUCAGUGUGGUUCGUCCUGCUUAUCUCCUCCACGCUUCGCUCCUCGUUGCUUGCCGUUUCGCUCACUGCAACCUCCCUCCCGUGGAAAAUUCUCGGGCUUACCAUGAGAGGCGCCGCGAUCCAGGGCCACGGCCUCGCCCGCGCGCCGCCGGCCGCCGUCCCGCUGCUGCACCCGCGGCCGCGGCGCGCCGUCGGGGUGGUCCCCCGCCACCGCCUGAGGAGCGACCUGCUGCCGCUGCUGCUACCGGCCGCCGCGCCCUUCCGGGCUCGCUCCCCGCCCUCUUCUUCCUCGUCUAAUGUGAACCCGGGGACAGGGGAGGGCGCGGACGAGCUGCUCGAGGAAUUGCUCCAGAAGCACGGCGAGGUCGUGUACAGCUCCGGCGGGGGCGGCAGCGCGGCUCUGGCCAGCGAGGCCGACGAGGACGCCGAGUGCCUGUCACUGGCCGUUUCUCUGGCUAAAGUUGCAAGCGAGGUCAAGGCAGCCGAUAUCCGAGUGCUGUUCGUGAAGCCGAUUGUCUACUGGACCGAGUUCUUCAUCAUCCUCACCGCCUUCUCAAAUGCGCAGAUUGAGGCCAUCAGUUCCAAGAUGAGAGACAUCGGCGAGCAGCAGUUCAGCAGAGUUGCGUCUGGUGAUACAAAACCCAAUUCAUGGACCUUGCUGGACUUUGGUGAUGUCGUUGUCCAUAUAUUUCUUCCCCCGCAGCGGGAAUUCUACAACCUGGAGGAGUUCUACGGCAACGCCACCCCCAUCGAACUCCCUUUCGAGACCCAGUUGCAGUAACCACCGCUUACAUUGCAUCUUCGCAGUCGAGCCAAACAAGGACAUCAUUCACUUCAUCGCCCCAACCAACAACAUUCCAUGAUGCUCAGAUGCGGAGAGCUGCCCGCAGAUAGAUAGAUAGCUUGGUCGUACAGCUGGACAGUGAUGCUGGGUGACUACUCUCCUGAAGUAUGUGAAAUUGGCGCCAUCAUGCAAACAUUCUUGUAAUCUGUUGUUAUACCAUGUGUAUCAUUGUAGCAACCACGCACUAUUGAACAAUGUUAACAGCAAGAGGAAUAGAAUCCAGAAAGAUUGGUGGUA